GUCUAUCUCCCCCUACUCGUCUCCUUCCUUUAUUUUCUUGCAUUAAACAUGAAUUUUGGUGCCUUUGCCCGAUCUUUAACACGACUUUAUAGUACUUCAUCAAUAGAAGGUUUGACGGCUGGAGAAUCACAGCUUUAUAAUAAAUUGCAAAAAGCAUUUGAUCCUAUUCGACUUAGAGUGGCCGAUGUAUCUGGUGGUUGCGGUUCAAUGUAUGCUAUUGACAUUGCUUCAAAGUCAUUUGAAGGGAAAUCUAUUGUAAAACAACAUCGUUUGGUGAAUGACUUGUUGAAGGAAGAAAUUAAAGAUAUGCAUGGAUUACAGCUUCGAACAUCUAGCAAAUAAUUUUACCCUUUUUUUUAAAAAAAAAAACUCCUGUAAUGUAAUAAAAACUCGAUAUUAUUUUCCCAAAAAA